CAGUAGCACAGGCACUCUGUUUGCCUUGUUCACUAGUAUAUUCUGCAUAUUACACAGCACACAGUAGAUACUCAGUAAAGUGAAGGGACCACAGGGGAGGUGCACUAGACUGUGAGGUGCCUUUUGUAGUGAAUGUGUUCUAAACUGCACUUCGUUUCAAUCUUUGUGGCCAAUGGUGAAUAAAGGCGUAUGGAACUUGGGACCUUGGAAGUUCUGUAACUAAGACAUGGAAGUAACAACAGCCAGCCAAGACAAAAAGAAUGUUCCUUUCUUUCCCCUUCCAAGUUCUACGUAAAGGGCUGGGCCCAGCAUCCCGGACUUUUGUGACUAGGUAAGCAUUAGGAAACUUCACUUUGGUACCCUCCCAUCAGUGGCUCAAGGUGGCUUCUCGGUAGACAGAGGCUUCUAAGUAUCAAAGCUUCCCCCUGCACAAGCCCAGCACCAUGGGGAAGGGAGACACCACCUCGGAAACAGCAUCGGCUAAUGCCUAUCGCUCUGUCAUGGAGGAGUAUGGUUAUGAGGUGGGCAAGGUCAUUGGCCAUGGCUCCUAUGGAACUGUAUAUGAGGCUUACUACACAAAGCAGAAGAUUAUGGUGGCUGUCAAGAUCAUCUCAAAGAAGAAGGCAUCUGAUGACUAUCUUAACAAGUUCCUACCACGUGAGAUACAGGUAAUGAAAGUCUUACGGCACAAGUACCUCAUCAACUUCUAUCAGGCCAUUGAGACCACAUCCCGAGUAUACAUCAUUUUGGAGCUGGCUCAGGGCGGUGAUGUCCUCGAAUGGAUCCAACGCUAUGGGGCCUGCUCUGAGCCCAUUGCUGGCAAAUGGUUCUCCCAGAUGGCCUUAGGCAUCGCCUACCUGCACAGCAAGGGCAUCGUGCACCGCCUGACCCCCAGCCUUUCUGCUGCUGGUAGGGACUUAAAGUUGGAGAACCUGUUGCUGGACAAGCGGGAGAAUGUGAAGAUAUCGGACUUUGGCUUCGCCAAGAUGGUGUCUUCUAAUCAGACUGUGCGUAGUAGCCCUUCUUACCGCCAAAUGAACUACCCUUCAAACCUCAGCCAGACCUACUGUGGCAGCUUUGCUUAUGCCUGCCCGGAGAUCUUGCUAGGCUUGCCCUACAACCCUUUCCUGUCUGACACGUGGAGCAUGGGCGUCAUCCUCUACACUCUAGUGGUUGCAAAGCUGCCCUUUGAUGACACCAAUCUCAAGAAGUUGCUGAGAGAGACCCAGAAGGAGGUCACUUUCCCAGCUAACCUCACCAUCUCCCAGGAGUGCAAGAACCUGAUCUUCCAGAUGCUACGCCAAGCUACCAAGCGUGCCACCAUCCUGGAUGUCCUCAAAGACCCCUGGAUGCUCAAGUUCCAGCCUGAGCAACCCUCGCAAGAAAUCAAGCUGCUCGAGGCCAUGUGCCAGCCUGCCAGCACUGCUAAUCGUCACCAAUCCCUGGAAAUCACAACCUGAAAGUGGCUGAGGCAGGAAGUUAAGGAGAAAUGCAGUAGGGUCUGGGGGAAAAUCUUUUAUAUAAAAAUAAAUCUAAUUAGUUUCAU